AUGUCAACCCACAAGGAGCAACGUGUAAUUUUAAAUGUCGGAGGAAUCAAGUAUGAAACCUAUCGUUCAACGCUGACAGCAUAUCCAAGCACUAUGCUUGGUACAAUGUUUCAAGAGCGUAAUAGUUCUUUACUUCAUCCUACGGACGGUGUUAAUGAAUAUUUCUUUGAUAGAAAUGGUCACGCAUUCCGGUUCAUAAUAGAAUUCUAUCGUACGGGUAGAAUUUUAUGGGAAGAUCCUUAUACCACAGUUGGCGGAUUAAUAAAUCCUACUAAUGUCUCGCGAAAUGAAUUACAUGAGGAAAUUGAAUAUUUUCGUAUUCCAUGUGAUAUCAACGUCGACUAUAAAAGAUUAAAAUUUAAAAAACGUCCAGCAGAGGUAAUUGAUGUAUUCGUGAAUGUGUUAGAAUCGUUUAUUGAUCUUGCAUUACAAGAAUGGCACGGCGAUGUAAAAAUUUAUUUGUAUGAGGAUGCCAUCUCGUUCAAGGCUUUCCUGGAUAACGAAGAAGUUUCGAAUAAUCAUAGUUUUAUUGAUCAAAAUAAUUUUGGGGUAUUUAAGAAGAUGGGGUAUCGAGUUUUGAAAUCUUUUGCCAAGGAUAUUGCGAAUUAUUUUAAGAAGUUGAUCCCGGGAUUGGUUUGGGAUUGUCAUCACUUUGACAGGCAGAUUCCUCAAGUUACAUUACCCCAUUUUUCUUUGAAAAUUUCUUUUGGUGAUCGAUACUCAAAGGAAUUAUUGGAAAGUACAAAUUUAUACUCUAAUUUAAAAAUAAUGGAUAAUGAAAAUGAUGAAAAUUAA